GUAUCUUUCUAACAGGAGACAGAAAUAUCGCACAACGGUGAAUAGCGUCAUCUAGCGAGAAUAAUGGAAACUCCAGCAGCAAUAGACGGCGAAGACGCCACCACGCCACAACAAUCCUCCCAGCCAAAAUCCGCCUCGUCUGCCCGGGCCAUCCACCGGCGGAUCCAGCGUGCGCACGCCAAGAAUAUCCGCUACGCGCUGCAUCUGGACACCUUACAGGUGUACGUACAGGAGCGGCUCAUCCCCAUGGGGCUAGACCUGAAGAGGAAAUGCCAGCCGACCAUCGGGAGUCAGAACACGGACUUCGUGCGCCGCUGGGUGGAGAUUCUGGACGCGGCGUCGCAGAGCCUGAUGGACAUGGUGAUCGAGUACAGCGCGCAGAUGGUGGCGGAGUCUGACGACGAGAUCGUCCGCCUGACCGAGACUCUGCAAGCCGUCACCCUGGAGAGCGAGUUCGAGCAGUUUCAGGAGACUCUAGAGAAGUACAACAGCAAACUGCGGAAGAAGAUCGAAGAACAGAAGAAGAAGAAACUGGAGAGAGACCGGCUGAUGGCCAAGGAGAAGAGCAUCACGGUCUACAAGGAGCACCGUCUGUCCAUCAGCAGCGGCAGCAGCGGGAGUAACAGUAGCAUUGACCAGUUGGACGUCUUCGCGCCAGUCAUGGGCGCUAUACAACAACAUCACUAUCAACAACAACAAACAGAGCAUGCUAGCGCACCUAUGAACAUGAAUAUGGUACGACACAAGUCGCCGACCCCGGAGUUUAUAGUCCCGCCUGCUAUCGCUGAAAGGACGAGACUUCGACCCGCGUCUGCCCCUGAGUUUGUGCCGCCGCCGAGUCCUCAGUUACCGGAGAAAUCGACCAGACAUUCGGUACACUUUGAGCUGCCUUCCCCUGAUCUAAACGCGAGGAGACACGAGUACAGCCCGCCGCAGCGCGGGAGCAACAACCCCGGGCUGAGGCCGCCUCCGAGCCCGAGGAACCCGCGCAAACAGAUCGGCAGCGGGAGGAUAGUGGAACCCAAGAGCCCGAGGCCCAGGAGAAGCAACAGGUCCUCUCGCGGCGCGGAGACGCAGCACCGGACUGAGUCGCAAGACGGCGCUCCUGUCACGCCGAACACGCCGAGAAAGCAUCGCCAGGAUUCCGCGUCCAGAAAUUCUCAGCCGCCGCGUCCGAACACGACACCCCGUCAGAGGAGAAGGGAUUUCAAUCCAAAGAAAACAUGACGGCCAAAAGGAACACAUGAGACGACGUAUGAAAGAGUAAAGUUAUUUUCUGAGAAAAUGUGCUCGGGAAAAUGUAACGUUAAACAUUAGAUGCACAAAACAGCAAACAAAUCAACGCAGAGAACAGAUCGAGCAGCAAGAAAUAGAGGAUUGUCGACGACAUUUUUUAAUAGCC